AUGUAACCACCUCCUCCUCCACCUUAUGGCUACCCUCCUGCAUAGUAUCCUCCUCCUCCUCCUCCUGCUUAUGGAUAACCUCCAUAUCCAUAACCAGGUUAUUAACCACCUCCAACUGGUUAUCCUUAUCCACCUACUCCUGGAUAUCCUCCACCAGUUGGUGGGUAUCCAUAACCAGGAUAUCCUCCUGCUCCUGGAUAUCCUCCUACCCCUGGUUAUCCUCCCCCUUAACCUGGAUAUGUACCACCUACUAAUUAUGCAUAACCUUACCCACCUUAAUCGUAUCCAGGUCAAUAUCCUGCAACAGCAAUAGUUGUUCCUUAGGGACAAUAAUUUUAUGCCGGAGGAAAUGUUCAAAUAAAAAUAAGACCCAGUUGUUAUUUAUGCCGAGGAACUGGAUACUACAUGAAGAAAGGUAGGACCAAGUAAUGCAAAGAUUGUUUGUGGGCAAUGGGAAUUUGCUUAAAAUGCAAUGGAACUGGAUGGCAUAAGAAGGGGAAAGUUUGCAAAUGCAAAAUGUAUAAAAUAUAUUGAUUCAUUCAAAUACAAAUCUGAUUC